UUCACUUUCACCGACUGCUCGCUGUCAGGACCCUCACUGCACCCUCACUGCAUCCUCACUGCAUCAUGCUGCCCAGUUCCAGCCUUUGCCUCUUCCUGAUACUGUCCAUAGUAAAAGGGAGCUUACAAGGAGGAAUUAAACCUCAAGCAAGUGCAGAAAGAAAUUCCCUCUAUCAGCCCGAGUAUGCUCGAGGAGCUGCAGCUUCACAGCCUGGGAAUUCAGGGCCGAUGGGGGCCAAAGCAGGGGGAAAAUACCCUCAGUAUGCUCCUCAGGGUUAUCAGCAGGGCCCAUUUGGCCUUCAGAAUGGCUUUAAACCCGUGAAACCUGGUUUUGCUCCUGUCCAGCCAUUCUAUGACCCAGCCACAGGUCUGGGGAGAUUUCAACAACCUGCCAAACGGAAACCAGGAUUUGCAGGAAAGUCCCCGAAAGCAGGUUAUGGUCCAGGAGCUGGAAGUUACCCCAAUGCUGGAGCACAACUAGGUUACGGGGCUGGAAAUUAUCCCAAUCUUGCUGCCCAAGGAGGUUAUGGCAAUGGAGCCGGACAUUACCCGAGUAAUCUUCCUCAGCAAGGGUAUGGAUCCAAACUCUCCAAAAGAGGUUAUGGAAAUGGGAAUUAUCCCCAAUUUGGAGCCCAGUCAGGUUAUCCGGUAAAGUCUGCAAAAGUCGGUUAUGGGAAUGGAGCAUUGAAUUACCCCAGCAGCAUUCCCCAGGAAGGUUAUGGGACUGGAGCAGGAUCGUACCCAAGUACCUACCCACAGCAAGGGAAAGUUUCCAAAUCUGGAUAUGGAAAUGGUGCUGGAAUGUUCCCAGGAAAUGCUGCCAUGCAAGGAGGAGCUGGGAAACCCCCUAAAAAUGGCUAUGGUAAUGGAGCAGGAGGCUAUCCCAGUCUCAUUCCGCAACAAGGUCUUGGAUCAAAGUCAUCUAAAGCAGGUCUGUUCCAACAGCCUUACGCUAACGGUUUGGCCAAUUUUCUGGGCAACGGAAAAGCUCCAGGAUCAAAGGCUCAGUUCAAUUCCUAUCAAGGACCUAUUGGUGAAAAUGGCAAACUUGGGUCCCUGGGGCAGUUGCCAUACAGAUCACAGGCUCUCCCUGCUGGCAAUCUCGGAUAUGAUCCCAAAGCUGUUAAAGCUGGAGGCUCUCAGAGUCAGUACGGCCCCCAGGCUGCAUAUCCAGAUCCCGCAGCUUCCAAAUACGCUGGGGCCGCGCAGUAUGAAGGACAAUCUAUUCCACAGGCUGCCACCGAUGAGUCACUCAGUCCAUCUUCUGCUGUCGUAGAAGGAGGAUACCAGCAACUGGGAAAUGGACAAAGCCCCUGGCCUUAUGCCCCCGAGGAAUCUGCCUAUGGCGUGACCGAUUACUAUGGCAACGGGUACCGAGCCCCUCUUUAAAAUGCAGGGCGUCCUUCAGCAGUUAAAUGCCUUACAGGCUGCUCCGGGACAUGCUGAGUGUGGACAUCCAAUCGUCUCCCUGCAAUCGGAAAGGGAAUGUAUAUAUGGGAAGGAUGGGCUGUAAAGAAUCCUCAAUAAAGACCAUUGGAAUAAAA